AUGCUGCUGCUCAAGAAACAGACGGAGGACAUCAGCAGUGUCUACGAGAUUCGGGAGAAGCUGGGCUCGGGUGCCUUCUCUGAGGUGGUGCUCGCCCAGGAGAGGGGCUCCUCACACCUUGUUGCUCUCAAGUGCAUCUCCAAGAAGGCCCUUCGAGGGAAGGAGGCCCUGGUGGAGAACGAGAUUGCGGUGCUCCGCAGGGUCAGCCACCCCAACAUCGUGGCUCUGGAGGAUGUCCACGAGAGCCCCUCCCACCUCUACCUGGCCAUGGAGCUGGUGACAGGGGGUGAGCUGUUUGACCGCAUUAUGGAGCGUGGCUCCUACACCGAGAAGGAUGCCAGCCACCUGGUGGGCCAGGUUCUUGGUGCUGUCUCCUACCUGCACAGCUUGGGCAUUGUUCACCGUGACCUCAAGCCCGAGAACCUCCUCUAUGCCACACCGUUCGAGGACUCCAAGAUCAUGGUGUCUGACUUUGGCCUCUCCAAAAUCCAGGCUGGCAACAUGCUGGGCACUGCCUGUGGGACCCCAGGAUAUGUGGCCCCGGAGCUCUUGGAGCAGAAACCCUACGGAAAGGCUGUGGAUGUGUGGGCCCUGGGUGUCAUCUCCUACAUUCUGCUGUGUGGGUACCCCCCCUUCUACGACGAGAGCGACCCCGAACUCUUCAGCCAGAUCCUGAGGGCCAGCUACGAGUUUGACUCUCCCUUUUGGGAUGACAUCUCAGAAUCAGCCAAAGACUUCAUCCGGCACCUUCUGGAGCGAGACCCCCAGAAGAGGUUUACCUGCCAGCAGGCCUUACAGCAUCUUUGGAUCUCUGGGGAUGCUGCCUUUGACAAGGACAUCCUGGGCUCAGUCAGCGAACAGAUCCAGAAGAAUUUUGCCCGAACCCACUGGAAGCGAGCAUUCAACGCCACCUCUUUCCUGCGCCACAUCCGAAAGCUAGGGCAGAGCCCAGAGGGUGAGGAGGCCCCAGAGCGGAAGAUAGCCCGCCACAGCCACCCAGGCCUCAGGGCUGGCCAGCCCCCCAACUGGUGAUGCCCAGAUGCCGAGGCUGAGUGCACUGACCCCCAGGUUCUCUUCCCACGGACCCUUUUGCUCCUCUUCCCCAUGCGCUGUGCCCUGGGGCUGGCCUCUGCCGAAGAGUUUGAGACAUGUCAGUGUGGCUCGUGGCACGGGGGUAGGAGUGGGGCACCCCCCAGGCUCUGCCCUCCCCUAGGGGCUGGUGGGGCAUGUCCACAGGGCUCCCCUCCCCUGUCGCUGUCACAACCCCUUUAGAACCUGGAGAGGCUCCAGGGACUGUCCUUCCUGCACGCUGUUCUGCGCUUUGCUGACUGUGGGCGGUCCUGCUUGUGUUGUGGCCCUCCAGCUGCCCUCCACUUUCCCCAAAUCAAUAAAG